GAGUCUGUAAUUGUUCUGGACCGCUUGACUCAUCGCCUCCCCACCGAAACCCCCAUCCUUCUCUGUCCAGCCUGGAGCUCGUCUGAAUGACUGCAGUGCUGCACAUUUGUCCUCUCACGCCUGUAUUCCUGUUCAGUGCUGCAAAGAAUGCAUGCUGCAUUCGCGUCACAAUGGGGAUUUGUGUUUCAACCAUGCAUGUUGUCCUCACGAGGACAUAUAAUGCAUUCAACAAAGCUGAAUGUCAAACCUGCAGCAUGCCAGCAGAGGCAUGUUGGACAUGCGUGCAGCACGCAUGCAAGCUUGCAACCUUGUGAGGUGCAGAAUAAAGGAGCUCAGUGCCGCCCGGCUGUUUGCACUUGCAGCAGAACUGGCUGGAGCUGGAUCUCUCCUGAAUUACAUAAGAAACAGAAUGAAUGAAGACAAGUGGAAGGAAGUAGAGGAGGAGGAAGGACCACAAGGAUCUAAGAUGGAAGAAAAGGGAAGAUGUAGCUGUUUAGAGGUCUUUUUUAAAUGAGUAGUGUUUGAAGGAGGAGGGGCACGGAAGUCUAGCAGAACAGAGAAUUUGAAAUGGAGAACAGAAAUGGCGACAGAAAGAAACAUGUAUGGCGAGGCAGGAGGCCAUAGAGGAUAAGCAGGCUAUAUCAUCCUUCCUUUUCAUACGACUCACUAAUAUGAAAGAAAUAUGAGGACUUAAGUAGUAUAAUGUGCUGCAUGUGCAUGUCACGCUUAACAUGUGGGAUUUUACACACGCAUGUGCAGCUGAUGGCGUUCAUGUGACCGCGCGUGCGUGUGGCCUUUGGUGAUUGGCUGGCUCACAGGUUUUGCCAAGUCCCACUCAAAAAGCAGCCAGUGCAGCCAUCUGUGUGAGAGGGAGUGAUGGGGCAGGAGGACGAGUGUGUGGAAAAGCCACUGGUGUGCAGGACGCAAGCCUCAGCCUCUUGUUCUGCAUCUUGACUAUGUGGCUUUAUUGCCUCUGUCAUUUGGAGUGAGACAAAGAAGGUGAUGAAGAUAGAAUAAGGAAGGAGUGUUAUGUCCUUUGCUGUUCUAUCUCUGUAAUUUAGAGACAAGAAAGACUAAUCUAAGAUGUGAUGUGCCACAUUUACGUAGAAAUUUUGUUGUGCAUAAAUCUGUGCUUAAAAGCUUUGACUGAUGACGGAUUAAUACUAUGUGGUUUUGAGUUGAUGCAGUAUUGCAGGAAGGUGACAGAAGGAAAAGGGGGAGCUUUGACCCUUAAAUGAUAAUCAUGUACACAUAUACAUGCAUGCAACUUGCACAGUUAGGCCUGCAGAGGCUUCCUGGGAAGUUCACUGGAAAACAACAGCUGCCUGUUCAAAAUAGAUGUAGGGGCACACAUAGCUAAAGCUUAUAAAUAAAUAUGGAGGAGUUGAUGUGCAGUGGAAGUAAUAAAGAAGAAUUUCAGUUAAGCCAUUAAGUCAAAAAGUAGAAAUCUAACCUUUGAACCAGUUGUUUUUUUUUCAAUUGUGGCUGUACAUUUAAAAAAUAUUACAAUAUGGUUUUAUGAUUUGACCACAGAAGAUAUGUAGAGACGCUCGCCAUGCCACCACUGGUAGCUGGUAUCUGUGAUCAACACCCAGCAGGAUGUACCAGUACUGCUGUUACAGGAGAAGACACACUUCUCAUUGACUCAAUGGAUUGUUCAAGAUGGCGUUCCCACCUGUGGUCCUCCUGCUGCUGGCUGUUACUCAUCAUGCCCACGGUCAGAAUCCGGCUGACUCCGAGGCUCUCCCAAGAGGCUGCGGCUGGGGUCUCGUGCGACCCUACACUCUCCUGUGCGACCUGGAAUCCAUCUGGGGCGUAGCUGUCGAAUCUGUGGCUGCUGGUGGGACGUUGGCAGCCAUCCUACUCGCUCUGGUCCUGUUGUGUCGUCUGCGCCACAUCAGUGAAGCAGAGAAGCGAAGUGGCGUAGGGCCCAUUCUCCUCCUCCUCCUGGGGAUACUUGGCUUGUUCGGCCUCAGUUUUGCCUACCUGAUCGAGCAGGAUGAGUCUCUCUGUCUGAUCCGUAGGGCUUUGUGGGGUCUCCUUUUUGCUGUCUGCUUCUCCUGCCUGUUGGUUCAGGGGGUUCGUCUGCGCAGGCUCGGCCGAGAACGACGAAGCCCCGGCGGAUGUGCUCUAACCGGUCUGGCAUUAGGCCUGAGUGCCGUGCAGGGCAUCAUUGCCGCUGAGUGGCUACUUCUGACCGUGCUGAGGGAAGGUAGAGCAGCCUGUCAGUACAUGCCUUUGGACUUCUCAUUAGCCUGCAGUUACGUGCUAGCCCUUCUUCUCGCUGCCCUUACUGCCGCCUCCUUGGCCCUGUGUGGAAAAACACGUCAGUGGCGUUGCAAUGCCGUCUGGCUGCUGGUGACGUGCCUGCUGUCAUUGCUGCUGUGGGUGGCAUGGGUGGGCUUCUACCUAUAUGGUAACGACUGGCUCGGCAGGUCCCCAGAAUGGAACGAUCCCGCUCUGGCGAUAGCCUUGGUGGCUCAGGGCUGGCUCCUGCUGAUCUUCCAUGCUAUUCCCGAAUCCCACAUCUGCUUGAGGCCCCCACCGCAACCCACCGCCCCAGACUACUUUGACACAUCCCAGAACUCAACACGGAUGAGGGAGACGAGCUUUGAUGAAGACAUCCCUCUGUCUCACCGACAGUUUGUGGAGAACCAGGGCUAUGGAUACAACGACGAGAACACAGCAGGCUUGAGGAGCGGUGGCAGUGCCGCCCAACACAACAGUAACACGGGUGCCAGGCCCAGUGCUCCCUUCCGCAGCAACGUGUACCAGCCCACAGAGAUGACCAUGAUCCUGAACGGGGGAGCGGUGAGUACAUCUUCCCAGUCACAGGUGCCCUCCGCCCCUCCCACUUACACUGGCAGGCAGCUGUGGUGAAUGAGAGGAAAGACGAAGUUUGAUGGAAAAUGGCGAGAAGAAGAGGACGAAGGGAGGAAGGGGUCCGGGACUGUUUGGGUGGGGCAGGCAUCUAGUUGGACUGGACUUUAGGCUUGUGUGCCUGCAGGGCCCUUUCAUGUAUAGACUUUAACACUGACUGUGUGCCAAACAAUUAUGGAGUGAAUGUGAGUGAGACUGAGAGAGGGCCGCAUAUGGAGGACAGAGCUAAAACUUUUCUAGUCAACAAGUAUUUAUGGAAGAGUUGCAAAACUUGAACUGAGAUGUCCAGUAUGAUAGUGGCCAAACAGAACUUACAAUAUUAUCUGAAAUUAUUAUUAUUAUAUUAUUACAAUACAUUAUCUCUCUUUUUUGGUAUGAUUGGUUCCGUUGACACUCCAGCACUGAUCUCCAGCAUCUUUGAAAACUGUGAACGCAAACUUCGUCCUGUUCUAGCUCUUAUCCUGUCAGUUGCAAUGUUUUUCUGCUUUACGGUGCUGGCAUUGAAGCGGAAACCUUUAACUCUGUCCUCCAUCCAUUCACACUGUUAGGGUUGAGCCAGAUUGCAGCUCUCUUAAAAACAAGUCACCCUCUGUUGGUGUCUAUAUACGGGAAUGAGUGCGUUUGUGUGAUCUGUACAGCUCUCACACUCCAAACCUUCCUCCUCCUCCUUUGGACUGUUAGCCCUGGCCUUUUCCCCUCCUCUUCCCUGCACUGUCUGUGACUACAAUACAUAACUCUCGUCACCUUGCGUCAUCAUCCCACUUGCAUGGACACAUUGCGAGUACAAACUGUGAAGCCUGACUGUAAAGGGGACAGUUACAUGAAGUGAGCACAGACACGACAAAAGUAAAUCUGGAGGGCCUUACCCAUCAUGCUGCUAUUGAACCGAUACUAGCGAUUUGAAAAGACCAAAAAAAAACAAAACAAAAAAAAGCAGUAAGGAUUGUGAUUGGACAAGGAAGGCGUCGGUCGUCAGCAGGGGAGGUGCAGCUUUGGGAAUCUGGGUCAGACUUCUGCACUCUCCACGCAUCUCCGGUGGCCAGUGGUGGAUGGAAGCAGCCAGGAGAAACCGUCACAUUAGAUCAGCAGGAAGCGGAGCGAGGAAAUGAAUCGGCCUCUUGCUCCCGGUUCCUCUGUCUGUGUUUGUGUGCAUACUGUAUGUGAGCUUUGUGAUUCCGUGAGGGUUCACGAGUUGUUUUCUGGUGCUAAAAUUCUUUGCAGUGAGGUAUAGAAAUGACAGGAACAACGGCAGUGUGGAUCCACUCGUCAGAGAACAAGUGGCAGACUAUAUUUAGAGCUGCUUCUGCUGUGUGGAGAUCUUCUGGAGUCUCAGAGAGAUCAGGUUUACACUGUGUGGUGGAAAGAAGAGGAUCAAAUGCAGAAGAAGAUGUAGGAGGGGGCAUAUAGAGAGGGAUGGUGCUGAGACCAGAUUUUCUUCAGUCACUCUCAAAUCUAUAUGAGAAAAUAGCCUUCCAGUCUCUAUGUGUGCAUGAUGUGGGAGCCUCUCCUCUUCCUGCUCCUCCUCCUCCUCCUCACCUUCUCCCUGUCUCUCAUUGCUCAAGUCCCUAUGCCAAGAAGGACUCCAUGUUUCACUGGAGUCUCUGUUUUACACGCUUUCCCUACAUCGUGACACCAGCUCUCUGUUUCACCUGAGAAACUGUGUACAUAGUAGUGCUGUAAUGCUUUGCUUGCUCGUUUACGUUUUUUUCUCCUUUUUAUUUUAAUACUAGGCUGAGUUUAGACACAGGUCAUGCACUGGAGAACUGAUUUUAAUUUGGAUUAACUUGCUUGCUUUGUGUUCAUGCUCUGCCUUGUUUUCAGACGCUUUUAUUUUUCUCUUGCUGGUGUCUUUAAAAAGUUUUUUUAGCUAGAGCUUUGAAAAAAUGUUUUUGCCAACGCUAGAUGUGCUUUUAUUUUUAUUUUUUUUUUUGGACUAUUGUUCAUGAAUAUUUUGCGAUUCAUUUAAAGGGAUUUAUGUUGGUUGUAUCUACUGAUCGCUGUUUUUAUUUUCAGGAAAAAAAUGACAAUAGCUGUGAAUAACUUUGGCACUUCAUGCAGUAAACAAAGACUAUUUUUAUGAAACUCAGAGCAGAGCAGGGUGGGUCGACCCCACUAAAUAAUACAGUCCCUUGCAGAAGUAUUUUUAUUCCCUGAACAUUUUUCACAGUUUGUCACAGUGCAACCAUAAACUUAAACAUAUUUUAUUGUCAAAUCAUAGCAUAUGACUGACCAACAUAAAGCAAAGACGACUGAGAUGGGGAAAGAUAAAUGUUAAUUAUAUUUUUAUGAAAGAUUUACAAAAACUGUAAAUAGUGGCAUGCAUUUGCAUACUUGAGUCAGGGUCGGGUUAGUCUUUUGGAGCCUCUAGUAUUCUAUUUCCACAUACUGACAUAGUGUUAUGUUUCACUGUGGACAUGGUGUGUUCAAGGUGAUGUCCAGUAUUAGUUUUCUGCUAUAUUCAGCAUUUUUCAUGUAAGCUUAAAAACUCUAUUUUGGUCUAAUCUCUUCUGACAAGAUUAAAUGUCCUUUUUUUCUUGUCAGUUUUCAAUAAAGGUCAACACCUGAGUUGAGGAUCUCUGCAGCACCUCUAGAGAUCCAGAGAAUAACAAUGUAGUGUUGUUUAAAAACCUAUGAUUGAUCAUUGGUCUGUCUGGUGCAUUCAUGCUGUGAGGCAUUCAUAAAACAGCUGGUCUUACAUUUAUUUUAAAUUGGACUCUAUUUUAAUUUAGUGGAUUCUGCACUAAACUAUUUUAGGGAGGGCUAAAUACAAAUGUAUGCGACAUCUUUCUGAAUUUUAUUUGUGAAAUAAUUUGAAAGCCAGUCAUCAAUUUCCUUCACUUUACAACUAAGCAUUACUUUGUGUUUGUCUGUCAGAUAAAAUCCCAAAUGGAAUACAUAAAUGUUUGUGGUUGUAAUGUGAAAGUUCAGGAAGUAUAAAUAAUUUUGCAGGGCACUGCAAGAUCAGAGCAAAAGCCAUGGUAGUGAUAUCUGAACUUGCAUCAGCCCUGAGCUAAGAAAACUUUGGGGGGUUCGCCCCUGACUGCUGCUGCACGUUUAUGUCUCAAACUCUGGCUACUCUAAAACAGGACGACUACUUGCAGGCCAGCUUCACACCCAGACACAGCUCGUCCUCGCAGCCUGAGCCGUGUCUGGGCCAAUCCUGGUCAGAAACAAAUCCGUGCAAGGAGAAGAGUCCUCAGGGGUUUUCAUGGUCACCAGUACAUUUCUCACAAUCAAGGAGGGAUGUUUGAGUUCUCGUGAUGUUUUCACUCGGUGUGGAUUACAAAAAAAGGAAGAACAACAUGUUGUGACUUUGUAGAUUUUGCACUCGUCAACUACCUAUCUGUGCAUGCUUAUUCACCAUUUCUACAUAUAAGAUCUUUCUCAGACGUACUUUUCAAUACUAACUAUUUAUGUAACGGUCAUGUGACAGCAAUCAUAAUUUCAGUGUAUAUCAGAAGACACACUUAAUGUCUGUGCUUUGGAAAACACAAAAGCAAACUGCUUGUUGUGAAGUAAAGAGAUUAAAAUCAGAGGUCGGUCCAACAUGGAGUGAUUUCCAAUGAAGGAAACAACAUGCCAUCUUCAGUGGACCUAAGAAUACUUUCCUCUGCUUGAGUUUGAAGACUUAAAGGUUUUUAAAAAACAGAAUUGUCUGACUGAUAUUGUCUCUGUGUUACAAAUCAAGUAGACUGUGGUGAAAUUUGCACAAAACUUCUAUGUUGAGUUUGUUGUCCCUGGGCAGCCUAUCUGAACAACGCCCCACCCUCCUGGGUUUUCCUCUCCCGAUUUUUCUUGCCUUCAGACUGUUCCAGCAGGGCAGCUGACAGGGGCAAUAUUGGUUUUCACAGCUAUGACUGUGCAGUGAUGAGGCAUGCAUAUGUAUAGAAACUUGAUUUCUUAAUUAGAAAAAAAAGAGAAAAAAAAAUAAAACAGUUAACUCUGUUGUUUCUGUAACCUAUUCAGGACGAAAAAAAGCUCAAUAAAAGUGUCAUGUUUGUAGUGAA